AUGGUACCUGAGUCAAUCCUCACGCUAGUCGGCCUGGCCAACGAUGUUCUUUGUAUGCAAGUCAUCCAUCGAUAUCGCAUUGCCCAAUGCUUCCGCCACGGCGAGAUAAUCGUAUUUGACGAGCUUUCCGGUCGGUGCGGACUGAACGUGAUCGUUUUGAAGCGGAUUCUCCGUCUAGCCAUGACGCGGCAUGUCUUUUCGGAACCGAAGUGUGACUUCGUGGCCCACACAGCCGCCACCAGAUUGCUGGUCGAAGACGAGAGAACCCGCUCGUUUUCGGGUAUUAUAUGCGAAGAACGCUUUCCGGCGUCCACACGAGUUGAGUGGCCUGUGUCCGUUGAAGCUCUUGUGAAGUAUGGAGAUUCGCAGUCGAAUCAGUCGGGCUUUUCCCUAGCAAACAAUACCAAAUAUGGCCUCUACGACGAACUUAAGAGAUGGCCCAACCGCCUAGAACGCUGGAACCACGACAUGAGCGCAAUGGUCGUCCAGAUCGACUUCCACUUCAUCCUCAACAGCGUCCCAUUCUGCCUAUACGCACCCAGGUCCCUCUUUGUCGAUGUCGGCGGCGGCAACGGCGUCAUCAGCUUGUGCCUAGCCAAGCAACUACCAAAGUUUCGCUUCCUGGUACAAGAUACCGCCCUUGAUCCGUCUUCUUUACCGUCUACAGCCACAUCGAAUGGCGACCACAACACGGAUAGGGGUGCCGUGAGCUGGCAGGUCCAUGACUUCUUCUCCCCGCAGACCAUUGUCGCGGACAUCUACUACUUCUGGAAUAUCUUCCACAACUGGCCCGAUGCCCAAUGUGUCUGGAUUCUUAGGCAGCAUGUACCGGCCAUGCGGCCGGCGACGAGGCUGAUCAUUGAUGAUUUUAUGUUACAUGAGCCGCUCACUGUGUCGCCGUUUGAGGAGCGACGGAGACGGUCUAUGGAUGUUACGAUGCUGGUAUACUUUGGUUCUCAUGAAUGGACUAUUGUCGAGUGGCAGAGGAUUCUGGGUGAGGCUGAUCCAAGAUUUAGGUUGGAGAAGGUUACCACAGAUCCUAAGCAGCCGAAUGCUAUUCUGGAGGUUUCUCUCGCUUGUUGA